UUCCGGUAUCCACGCAACCCGGCCCCGCCCCGCUCCUCGGGCGAGCGCCUCGCGCUUCCGAGUCUCUGUGGUACCAACUUCCGCCGCGCGCCACACCUCGCGAGAUUUGGGCGGCGCAGCAAUGGCGAGACCAUGCCGCGUCACUGCUCCGCCGCCGGCUGCUGCACACGGGACACGCGCGAGACGCGCAACCGCGGCAUUUCCUUCCACAGACUUCCCAAGAAGGACAAUCCAAGGCGAGGCUUGUGGCUGGCCAAUUGCCAGCGGCUGGACCCCAGCGGCCAGGGCUUGUGGGACCCGGCGUCCGAGUACAUCUACUUCUGCUCCAAACACUUCGAGGAGAACUGCUUUGAGCUGGUGGGAAUCAGGCUGCUUUUUCCCCACAGUGGGUAUCACAGGCUGAAGGAGGGGGCAGUUCCCACGAUAUUUGAGUCUUUCUCCAAGCUGCGCCGGACAACCAAGACCAAGGGGCACAGUUACCCACCUGGCCCCCCUGAUGUCAGCCGGCUCCGGCGAUGCAGGAAGCGCUGCUCUGAGGGCCGAGGACCCACGACUCCAUUUUCUCCACCUCCACCUGCUGAUGUCACCUGCUUUCCUGUGGAAGAGGCCUCAGCCCCUGCUGCUUUGCCUGCCUCACACGCUGGGAGACUGGAGCCCGGCCUCAGCAGCCCCUUCUCAGACCUCCUGGGGCCCUUGGGUGCCCAGGCAGAUGAAGCAGGCUGCAGUGCCCAGCCCUCGCCGGAGCGGGAGCCAGAGCGGCAGCCAUCCCCUCUCGAGCCACGGCCCGUCUCGCCCUCAGCCUACAUGCUGCGCCUCCCGCCGCCUGCUGGAGCCUACAUCCAGAAUGAGCACAGCUACCAGGUGGGCAGUGCCCUGCUUUGGAAGCGGCGAGCUGAGGCUGCGCUUGACGCCCUGGACAAGGCCCAGCGCCAGCUGCAGGCCUGCAAGCGGCGGGAGCAGCGGCUGCGGCUGCGGCUGACCAAGCUGCAGCAGGAGCGGGCGCGGGAGAAGCGGGCACAGGCGGAUGCUCGCCAGACUCUGAAGGAGCAUGUGCAGGACUUUGCCAUGCAGCUGAGCAGCAGUAUGGCCUGAGUGAGAGGCUGCUGGACCAUGGGCUGACAGAGGGGCUGCCCAUCAGGGCUCCAUCCCAUCCUGCCUCAGAAUCCACCUGGAGAGGGACCUGAGCUGAGCUGCAUCCAUCAGACCCAGCAGAUGCCAUAAUAAAGUGGAUUCUAGAAGGAG